AUGGUUCAGUAUGGUUCAAUACAGUUACCUAUACCUCCACCAAAAGAGCUACCAAGUUUCAUCACUCAGCAACACCACCCAAAAAGACCCCCUCCAACAUCGAUUUCAUCGAGCUCAGGCACUGUCAUACCCCCGCCAGUGCCCCCACAGCUUCAUCCGUUCCCACCUCCCCCCACUGGCCAACCCUCGAUCACGAUCGCUCCACCGACUCCGUGUCCCGUAACUCCACCUGCCCCAGUUACAGCUCAAUCCAGCGUGACCAGUGGGCAGAGCACGGUGUCGUCUUCACCACCGGCUGAAAUCCCAGUCACGACGACAGAAUCUGUGAAUACUGGUCAGAUUCCCACAAAAAUGAUGACUCAGUCCGGAAACGAUAUUGGCCAAUCAGCUGCGAAGGAUCAAGCAAACAAGGCUCAGCCUACAUCCAAGACUCAAAACCAACGACCUCAGCCAAUAGCUGUGGCCAUGUCUGAAGCUGAAAGUGAUCUAACGAAGUUGGAGGGUCAAGGCGAACAACAACCAACUGAAGGGAACAGUGGAAUGUUUGGAUGGAUACAGAAAACGGUCACUCAAUCAGCAUUCUUGUCGAAAGUAGCGGAUAAAGCAAAGACCGGAAUGGACUCGGUUCUAACAACUCUAGAUCCGGGGAUGAAGGAUUUUUUGAAGAGUGACGGUUCGGUGGAUUUGGUGAUAGCAUCUGACAAUGGUCGUCUGAUAACGGCUGUAGCUGAUGGUUUCCGGCGGGUUUUCACGAAUGUCACAUUCCGGGGUAUGGGAACUCCAGGCUCGAAUGCCUUAUUACCGCAGAUCAUCGGGCAUACGUUCGCGUUGAGGUAUGCAAAAGAACGAAUUCAACUGUUGCAACGCAGUGGAUUAGCUGGAGGAACGAAAGCAUCAGCAAUAGUUGCGAUGCAGCCGUUUCUGCAUGAUGUCGAUGGAACGUGGUACGAAUCGGUCGUUUUCGCGCUGCAAAAAGGUGAUGUGAAUGUUCAUGUGUUCACGCAGCCAAUUGAAGUGGACCAGCGAGUUAUAGCUGCAUUAAAGGAGCACACACCAAUCGAUUAUGCAGCAAAUGCUUUCUCGACGCCAGUUUCGAUCGGUUACGCUGAAGUGUAUGGAAUGGAUCCAGACGAUUGGCAACAAACGAUGUUGUCGUUCUCAUCAUCCGAGCUAUACAGAAUGGCUUGUGCAGCUCUGGCAGCAGCAUUUAAACGGAAAUUGGAACGUGGCUUAGAGGGGGAUUAG